AUUAAGGUAAAAUGCAAUCCAUAUGUCUAAAUUCACACGUGUGUCUCAUCUUAGUAGGUAAUUUGGCCCUACAAAUUGUAACAUACACAUAUUUUUGGUCUAUUAUCUUAUUGUAAGCCCUAUAUACAAUGUCAAUGUCACAAAUAUGAGUUUAACAACCCAAGAAGCCACGUCAUGCUCCAAUCGUUGUAAAUAACGCCAUUUUUGCAUUUGGGUACCCAUUAACAAAUAAACUCAUAAAGGCCGUAACGUCCACAACCCAUAAUGAAUUAAUUACCACCUUUAGGACACUGAUUAAGGUUUAAUUACUAAACAUUAGAAAAGAUAUAGAAUAUAGUUCCUAAUCCAAACAAUCAUAUAAUCCAAAUCAUAUUAUAAUCAAGCCGUCGAAGUUGAACUUUUCUUAAUCUUUCUCAGAUCACCCCAUCUGGACAUAGGAGGACAAGUGAUCGACGAUCACAAAUUUCAAACUUUUACAUCACCUUAAUUGAUUGUGACUUAAGAGGGUUCAUUUAAUCUUCCUCACAUAAAUGACCCUCUUCUUUGAUUUAUGCUCUAAAAUGAACACUACUCCACUGCUUUUCUUACAUCUUUUGACUAUAGCAAGUGCUCCUAGAAACAUUUCACAACAUCAAGAUGUUGCUCACACAAGAGCUCAUGCUCGAGCCGGUGCCCGAUGGGAUCUUUACCUCUUAUCCCUCAUCCGAUCCCCAAUUUCCUUCUUGGAUGAUGGUUGAUUCUUUCUCAAACAAUGAUUCCAGUGUCGAAAACGAUGAAGCCUUGGGAACCUUUGGCAGAGUUGACGAGCCAACACCCACUGUUUCGCUUCCUGAAGAGCUAGUUCUGCCCUUUUCGCCGGUUUCUAACUUUAUUGACCAAGUCAACGACGAUGGCUCCGGUAAUGUUAAGCUUCUCGCUGAACAAAACUUGGAGAAAACACUUUUGGAUUUCAAACCAAAAUUAAAGACUAAUCAAAUUGUAGCUGCUCAAUUAUGGUUUCCAACAAAAAUUGUCAAGACAAAUGUGCUAAGAUCUUCACAGCACAACAUACCUGGUUCAUGGACCGAAGAUAAACGGUUCAUGCGAGAUGUGACCGAGGGAUACUUGUGUGAAUCGUUAACCAGAGUUUAUUCCUCUGAUAAAAACAGUAAAACCGGUAGGUCAUUUAACAUCAUUGACACCCUCAUCCCGUACUUGUCUACUAUGGAAGAUGUGACAUGUCUCCUAAAUAGGCAGGUUUCAGUCACUGCAUAUCAGCUAAGGUGUCCUCAAUGGGCGCCUAAUUUGCAUAUAUACAAGUCCCAUCAUCAAAAUAGUCCGAAACCAAGUAUUACCAAGGAAAAUUAUAUCAUAUGUGGAACUUUGGCGAUACCUGUGUUUGAUCCUUAUACUAACCAAUGUGUUGGAGUUUAUGAAGUUGUAGUUGCAUCUACUGAAGUUGACCUUGUGAUCAUUGAUAUAAUCUGCAAUCUUCUUAAGGCAGUAAACCUUCGUGCAGACACACAGUUUCACUACCAACCUCGGCAAAGAUUGCUAGCAGAGAUUUCAAAAGUGAUGAUCAAAGUAUGCAAAGAUCAUGAUUUGCCUCUAGCACAGACUUGGAUGCCUUGUACAUGUCCUGACCAAAACUGCAAUUCACAGAAACUCUGCAUGUCAAAUGCAGAGUUGCCGUUUUACAUGAGGGACUCUUCCUAUUUCCCCUUUUGGAGAGCUGGUGCCAUGUAUCACAUGGCUGAAGGACAGGCGGUCGCUGGCACGACAUUUUCAUCAAAAGGGUUGUGUUUUUGUAGAGAUAUCACCCGGUUUCCGGACAACUUCGCCUUGGUGCCUUUGUCACGUCAAUUUAAGAUUAAUUGCUCCUUGGCUAUUUGCUUAGGGAGUGCAUACGCAAACAAUGAUUUCUAUAUCGUGCAAUUCUUUUGGCAAAGAACCUUGAAAAAUACAAUAGAAAAUGAUGAUCUAAAGGUCUUGUCCGUUACAUCAUCAAUGAAACAACAAUUUGAUAAGUUAAACAUGGUUUCGCCUACUUAUGAAGAGUUGGAGGCAGAGACGGAGCAAGUUCGUUACCGCACAAAACUUAUCGGUGGUGAGGGUAUUAGAGACGAUUUUACGUUCUUAUCGAAUACAGUCAUGACAGGGGAAGAGCAAACUGAAGUCAGCUUGGUAUUACCAGAGGAAAUUUCUUCAAAUAUGUUCAUUGAUCAUCAAGAUCACAAGUCCAUCAAUAAUCCAGGAAUUGAAGUUGUCCAAUGUAAAGUUAUAAAAAAAUCUAGGAAGAAAAGAUGCAAUAAUUUGUCCAAGGAAGAUUUGGAGCCGUAUCUCAAAGGAACAUUAAAUGAUGCAGCCAAUGACCUUGGAAUUUCAAAAUCCACCCUAAAGAGGAAAUGCAAGGAAUUGAAAAUCGAGAAUUGGCAAGAUGAGCGAAAGAAAAAGGGUAUUGGUGUUCCCGCGAGAAGGAAAAGAGCAGCUAAGCGUAAUUUACUACAAGAGAUGGAACUUGUAGAAGAAGAUAUCUAAGAAGGUUUAGUGAGAAAACAGCGAAUAAGGUUGUCCAUCUUUGGAAGGCUUGUGAUCAAUGAUCCAACUUUUGUGGAGGAGCUGAUCUCUUAACAAAUCUUUGGUAUUUCCAUUUAUUAUCAAUGGGUGUGUAAAUAGAUAAAUAAUUUUUUAUCGUAUGGAAUUGAACAAUAAUUAUUGUAAGUUAUACUUUAAUCGAUAGUGAAUUUAUGUAUGUAGAAGUGUGCUUAUUUUUUAUUUUUUCUUUUGCUGAAGAACCGAGAUUAAAGUAUUCUAAUGCUUUCCAACAUUAAAAGGAUUAGUGCAUUUCGUAAAUAACUAAUAGCAAAUUAUACUUGUGAUAACGUACAUAAUAA